AUGUUCAUGUUCAACCAAACCUUCAAAAUCACAUUCAAUACACAUCUUCAGAUCAAAAAAUUCAACCUCUUGGGUCGUGCAUCUUGGCUACUGAUCCCUGCAUCGAUGGCUCUUCAGAAGUCCAGGCCACGAAUUCAAUUUAUCGAGCCCAUAAAAAAUCACCAUCAAGCUAAUAUCACGGCUGAUUCAAUCGUCUCCUCUUCUCAUCAAUCAACAUCGACUAUAACACCACCUCACAAUAGUCCGCUUUUCUCGAUCGCCACUCCCGGUCAGCGUGUAAGAUUUCACCCGAUAGUGCGCAUCAUAUUCGCCGAUGGACAAUCGGACAAGGAUCCCCAAAGCCCUCACUGUCGCUCUCCUACAAAUUGGCCUGAUUCGAAACUGCAGAGACGCAUGCGGUUGGGGACCAAGACACUCAGUUUACCUCUCUCUCUCUCUCCUCAUCGUCCGCAUCCUGUGAGAUUCCUGUCACCUACUGCCGGCGACUUCCCCAACAUUUCUCACUCAAGGCAAUCGGUCUUGGCGCGAACACAAAGAGAAAUUGAAGAGGAUGAUCAAUUCAUUCCUGCUCCGGUUCGCACAAUCAAACUCACCAUCCCUUCUCUUACUCGGCGCCCUAGUUCAAAAAAACUUCGAGUACGAGAAGAAGAACGGAUUCGACGAUGUGCAGAAGCUCACGGAGGCAAGAUUAAGAGUUGUCUCAAAAGGCCUUCUUCAGGCUUUGGCGCUACCCCUUCAAUUCCUCGGUCGAGACGUGAUAGCAAUGAAGUUGGGAUCGCAAUAUCUACUAACACCAUGCGCAACGUAUGGAUUUCUAGGUCCCCCCAGCCUGGUAUAACUGAGGAAAAUGUCUCCUCUGACAAUCAGCUACACUGGAACCAGGCAGUAGAAGAUACUCCAGUGUUCACAAGCAACUUUCAUCCUAGCCCCACGAACUCGUCUGAGUCUGACUCAGUCGGUCCAAAGUCACCGCUCGAGACCAAUGAAGAUACAGAUUCAGAUAAAUCGUCUCCAGAUAGCACGAGUCAUCCUGAAGAUUCUCACAAGUCUCCCGUUAAAGGUCUCAAUCGACUCGCCAAAAAACUUUCCGGUUCAGCACUACACUUCCGUUUUUUUACACCUAAGCCACAACGCUGGCAGUUACCAGAUGACGACCAAGAAAUAAUCCAGGAUGAGAUGGAAGAACUCGAAUUAUCGAUCCCUGAGCCCGACCUAAUCACUUCUAAGGACACGCCGCGUUCUUGGCUACCCGUACUCUCACUACGAAAACGUGCCUCAAACAUUGAGCAAAGGUCGAGAUUGAUUGAUCAAGACAAUGAUUCAAAUCGUCAAGAAUAUACUGGCCAGCCUGCUCCUCUCGAAGAUGAUCCAUUGACGAUCGACGAUACAAUGAAGGACCGUUUACUUGUCCGAUCUAACUCGUAUCAUCAUGAUCAUCGUGCUCUGCCCUCUACAUCUGGAGAUCCUAUCUUCAACACCGAUCCUUAUGGCGAAACCACCUCGACAAGUCUCUCGAUGAGUCUGUCGACAAGUCUCUUGACGAUCUCUCCUGGCAUCACAAGGAGCAACACGACGCUUGAUCGAACACUCACUGCGCAAGAACAAGGACUCAAGCCGUGCUGUGAAACAUGCGAGGAAGCUGCUUCCAAAGGGUUACAGGCCGAUCAUGAAAUCCCAUUCUCGCCACGGGCCCUUGAAAUCUACCGAUCCCGAGCAUGGUAUCUUGACGACAUCGUUGUAGAAGAUGCAAAGAAAGUUGAGAUUGGAGAUGCUAGUGCUGGAAAUUACCCCUCAGCAACCCUUCGCAAUCCCCUACCGAAUCGGAUUCGAACCUUGCGAUGUUCAAUUCACAAAAGGGAUGUUUCACUGGACAUGUCUGGCGAGUUUAUCAUCCCACCAUUGCCUCCCAUGCCCAAUACGAGUCAAAUAAAGAAAAUGUUGCCUAUCGAGACAAACAAAAAUAUAGUGCCCUCGCCCUGUCCAAAGUCUUACGAAUGCCAUCUCAAUCAAAAACUGGGUUUAGGAGUGCAGUAUGAAAGCACAAAAGUUUAAUCGUCUCACUCACACCAUGCAGUCUGUAUAUAUUGUGCACAUGACUAGCAAAUAGUAUAUACUUCUAUCGCUUGUCCAUUUCGCUCACAAAAAAAAAUUCGUGGAUGUUUUUUCACUUUACAGUCGACUGUGUCAAAGUUUAACGCCUUCAUUUUAAUCUUUGAUCUCAAUUUCUUUUCUUUGUGAUAUCAUUUUACCUUGCAGCUCAUGUAAUCUGUUACUAUUUAAAUCUUUAAACGUUUGUCUUCGUCCAUUUCUAUCGUUCUUUUUUUGUUUUUUGUUUUUUCUGGAUUGUCAUACAGGGGCUUGUUGUUUUAAAUAUUUAUGAGAGGAGAUGGAAAUGAGUUUGAGUUUCGUGUUCAAAA